AUGCAGACACUACAAGCACAACACAACAAUAAUUUCGAUUACAUUGAUUGCAAAUAUCAGUCAGUGGAAGAGUUUCUCCACCACUGCCAUCUUGAUCAGUAUGUGGCUAUAUUUUUGUCAGAAGGCUUCGAUUCUGUCACUUCGCUUCUAGAAAUCACAGAGGAAGACAUGAUAUUCAUGAAUGUGAAGCGAGGUCACAGAAGGUUGAUUCAAAGAGAAAUAGCUAAUAUCAAAGGAAUUCCUCGUGAUCAGCCGCUUGUUACUAAUGUGAUGGGUGCAAAAUUUCAUCUUGAAUUAAUGCCAAAUACCCCUUCCAAAAUGGACGAAAUGAGACGCAUCAACAAUAGCAGCAGCACGAGUAACAGCGCCAGCAAUAUCUACAAUAACAAUACUAACAAUGGCUUAUUGACCAACAGCCUGCCCGUCUACGACAGUAUUGUCACUGGAUUGACCAGCCCUCGUAGCAUGAAUAGCGGUAUUGGUGGCAAUUCCAGUGCAAGCAGCGGCAACAACUCUAGCUCUGACCCAAACAUUGUGCGAUCUCGAAUGCACCACCAACAGCCUUCCUCUGUCCAUCCACAUUCGUCUAUGGACAGUGGCAUUAGUUCACUCAUGAACAGUAGUGCAAGCAGCUUUGCCAGUAAACCAAGUAGCAUUUCCACUAGAAAUAGCAAUGACAAUAAUAGCAUCAGCAAUAACAACAGCGCCUUGACAGCAAAUGGCCGAAACGACACAAUCGAAACUCGUAGCAACAGUAUCUCUUCGAAUGACGAUGCUGACUCAAUCGACACUAAUGAGUCUGUUCCCACUAAGCGAAAAUACCGACGUCAUGCUAAACCUGAUCGCAAUGCUCCUAUAAAGCCUCCCUCAGCUUACAUCAUGUUCUCAAACGAUUCUCGCGCUGAAUUGAAAAAUCAAAACUUGUCUUUUGCUGAAUUGGCUAAAAUCGUUGGCGAUCAAUGGAAGAAUCUCAGCCACAUUGAGAAGCAAUCUUAUGAACGCAGAGCCAUGCGGGCCAAAGACGAAUACUUGGCUGCCCUUGAGCAAUACAGACAGACUCCACAGUACCAUCGUUAUCAAGAGUACUUGAAUGAAUUCAAAUCCAAGCAAGACGCUGCAAAUCGCAUCAUUGGUAGAGCCAGAAAGAGAGCAAAACAAGCAUCGCCUGGAAGUGGUAGCAUUGCUGACUCCAGCUCCAACGGCAACUCCAAUGGAAAUGGUAGUUCUGGCAGUGGUUCAGCUGACACUUAUGGGGAUAAAGAGACGGUGAUACGACGUCAAAGACAACCUUCAGAGGACGAUAUCACACAACCUCUAACUCAACAAGGACAAAGUUCCUCUUCCUCCAUUGCUAGCAAUCAACAACAAAAAAACUAUCCCAAAUACAAUGACAGUUAUAUUGCUCGUGCAACGCCUGAUGCAGACACGUUAAGACCCAUAUAUAAUCACCACCACAACUAUCAUCAUCAUCACCAUCAUCAUCAACAGCCUCAGCAACAAACCUCAUCUGAUAGUGGCUACGCCUCUCAGUCCUUCUAUAAUGCAAAUGCAGACAAAAUGCCAUCAUCACAGUGGAAUCACAGAUCGAGUCAAAUCAUGCGAGGCAUGCUGCCUGUUGAAUUUGUGCCGCAAAACCAUCUUGUUGAGCCAUCAAACACCAAUUCCACUCGUCUACAAUCAUCAUCUUACGAUACCAAGAAUAUCAUCAACGAUAACGACAUGGGUGACGAUCAAGAAGACGAAAAUGAGAAUGAGAAUGAGAAAGACGCAGAUCAAGGCGAAUUUAUGGAAGGUAACCCUUCUCGUUCUUUUGAAACUAAGCGUCGAAGUCCACGUUUCAACAAAUCCAGAUCCAAGUCUAGCCAAUCUUCGCCUCCAUUGUAG